CACAUCGGGAAGCUGGGAGCACAAGGUCAAGUUCACUCGGGGCUCCGCCCCCAGCCUGGGUCAAGGCUAGUCUUGGGGCGAUCUGCCCGGUGACCCACCCUGGUCGAGCAGGAGAUCCGCCCUCCCUCUUGGCCCCGAGCGGAGCCCCGCGACGCGCAGGUAAGCACAGCCAGCGGCCUAGGCUGCCUGUUUCUGCCCGCGUGGGUGUCCACGAAGCCUUGAGUCCCCGCGUACCUACCAGGCCCACGUGACUCUCGGCGGCGGCGGCGACUCGGGCGCGCGCGCGCACGCGAGCGUCAGAUGGCUGCGGAAGGCAGAACCGUGCUAGCCCCACCGUCAGGUUUCUGACGGAUAGGCUCGAGCGGAUACGGGUUCGGAUCCCCCCCUGCAGCACGUUUACAGUCAGUUAAAACAGGGUGGCCACUGCGGGUGUGGAUGUGUGUGACGGCAUGAAGAACCGAAUCCCCGUGGUGCUUCUGGCCUGUGGUUCCUUCAACCCCAUCACGAAUAUGCACCUGCGCUUGUUUGAGGUGGCCAGAGACCACCUACACCAAACAGGAAUGUACCAGGUGAUCGAGGGCAUCAUCUCACCCGUCAAUGACAGCUAUGGGAAGAAAGACCUGGUGGCUUCCCAUCACCGAGUGGCCAUGGCCCGGCUGGCCCUGCAGACAUCUGACUGGAUUCGGGUGGACCCCUGGGAGAGUGAGCAGGCGCAGUGGAUGGAAACGGUGAAGGUGCUGAGGCACCAUCACAGGGAGCUGCUGAGACACUCAGCCCAGAUGGAUGGCUCAGACCCCAGCAAGACACCAUCAGCCUCAGCAGCACGGCCAGAGCUGAAACUCCUCUGCGGAGCUGAUGUCCUCCACACUUUCCAGACCCCCAACCUCUGGAAAGACGCGCACAUCCAGGAGAUAGUGGAGAAGUUUGGCUUGGUGUGCGUGAGCCGGAGCGGUCAUGACCCGAAAAGGUACAUCUCGGACUCGCCCAUCCUGCAGCGUUUCCAGCACAACAUUCACCUGGCCAGGGAACCCGUUCUGAACGAGAUCAGUGCCACCUAUGUCAGGAAAGCCUUGGGCCAAGGGCAGAGCGUGAAGUACCUCCUCCCUGAGGCCGUCAUUGCCUACAUCAGGGACCAGGGCCUCUACAUCAAUGACGGUUCCCGGAAAGGGGAGACUGGCUAGAGGGCCUCCUAGGGAGUUGGGGUUUUCUGCUCCGGGUUCUGGAUUUGUUUUCACAGUGGUUUUUACCGUACCUGACUUCCCACUCAAGGAAGAGAUUGUGCCUGUGGCAGAGACAGUCAUGUGUCAGAGCAACUUAGGAGGCACGACAGGUCAUAGGAUUAGGAGACCACCUGCUUACUGUGUAAAUGGCAGUCAUGGGAGGCACACUGAUGCUGUUCUGAGCAUGGCUGGCCCCUGAGGGGUCCAUCACAGUCGCCUUCAUUUGGGUUUGUUUGUUUGUUUGUUUGUUUUUCAUAACUCAGGCCGGGUGCCGCAUGCUGGUCUUGAUAGGAAUAAUUUUACAGGGUGCUAAUUACUGAGCAGAGGACCAGUUCAACAUCCUCGUUUCAAACAGAAUAAUAGCAAAUGAGGAUUCAGAAAUCUGGAAACAGCACAUCAUUGGUUUCCAGUGUAUCCUCCCUUGUAAACCAUGGCCUGCCUACCUGCCUACCUGCCUGCCUGCCUGCCUGCCUGCCACCUGCCUGCCUGUCUGCCUGUGGGGUAACAUAAAAUUUCUGACCAUCCUCUUUCUAUGUUGUGGUCAAGCAAUAUGUGUUUAAGAUCUAUUAAGAUCUAUUUUAUUAUAUGUGCGUAUGUGUGUAUGCAUGUGUCUGUGCACGUGUGUGUACAUGCACAUGGGAGGGACAUCAGAGUACCUGAAGUCCGAGUUACUGGCAGUUGUGAGCCCCCUGAUGUGGGUGCUGAAACCCAAACUCCAGUCUUAUGGAAGAGUGGCAAGAGAGUUCGUAACCACUGAGCCGUCUCUCCAGCCCCCUCAAGCAAUAUUUUUGAUACACCAUAGUAUUUUUACACUGCUAUACUCUAAACACCAGGGUUCCUAAUAUUCUGAUUUCUAAAAAGGAACUGAAGUAAAACAGAUGCCUGACUGUUUUAGAAGAUCUUUUGAAUGUUUUAUGACUGCCUGCUCGUUUGAAUAUUGGCAAAAGGAUAAAUAAUAAAUUGACAUCAAAAAAUACUAA